CCUACAAAAACCCCCCUUUCCUUCCUCAUCUCCGUUUCGUCUUUCCCAGUUUCAGCCAUCUCUACUGUGCCUCAAGCUGCCACUUUGUUUUUAGUCAAUUCUUGUUGUUUGGUCACCGAAAAAGUAAUCUCAAGGUAUGCUAUCAAUAAGCUAUUUCGAGAAGCCCAAACUAGGUGGUUGAGGCCAACAGAAGUGUUCUUUAUACUACAGAAUCUUGAAAAAUACUAGAUCAUUUGUGAGCCUUCUCAAAAGCCUGCAAGUAUUAUCCAUAAUCAUUUAAUUUUAAUUAAAUUUUUAAAAAUUUCCAACGUAUUAUGCUGGAAAAUGAGUUGAUGAUGCUUAUUCUCAAGAUAAUUUUCUACCGCUUCCCGUUGGAACAUAAGUUCACUUUUUUUCACAGUGCUGACUGUUAUCGCGAGGAUUAUUUUCCAGUGUAUUCCGUUGGAAAAUAACUUGAUAAAUGCAUUAUCCUCAACAUUAUUAUCCAGCGUAUAACGCUGGAAAAUAAGCAGCAAUUUGUCUU